GUCUUUCUUGCUAGAAUUCCGGCUACUUCCGGUGUGUGCUUGCGUCAUCAGAGCGCGCCAGAAAUAACUUUUCUUCCUCACCGGCUCCCCAAAAAUGGUUGUCCCUCGCUGGUUCGGACUGUGUUGUCACUGCAGCCGUGUAGUUUCACGCCGUGGGUUUCCGUGGGAGACCCUGAAGGGCCACGGCAGGCUAAGAUAUGCUAACUUUACGGAGGCGCAGCUCCGAGGGAUCAAUGCGGUCCCAAAACGCUUCUCACAUUGUGACAUAGGGGAUUUGUACAACAACAACUCAGUUCAGAGGUAUCUGCAGAAACUGGUGGAGGAACACAGAGACAUCAGCCGGAAGUUACAACACGAUCACCUCAGUGAUGUAGACAGAAAAGCGCUGCUGAAGAAGCACACAGAGCUGCUGCCUGUUGCUGGUCUGGUUGGAAGCAUUGAACAAGCCCAGAAAGACUUGGAAGAAGUCCUUUCGCUUCUGCACACUGGCACUAAAGAUGAAGAUCAAAACCUGAUCCAGAUGCUCAGAGAGGAGGAGGCGCAGAUCUGCACCAACAUUCUGACCUUGAGGAAACAUUUAAUCAAAGCUCUUGUACCUGUUGACCCUCUUGAUCCAAGCAACGUCGUGCUGGAGAUUGUCUCAGGUCGAACAACAGGAGGUGACAUCUGCCAGCAGUUCACCAGGGAAAUGUUUGAUAUGUACCGAGGCUUUGCUUGUUACAAGAACUGGGACUUUGAGGUUCUGAACUACUCGCCUGCAGAAUACGGUGGACUGCACCAUGCGGCAGUCAGGAUAGCCGGGGAUAACGUGUACAUGCACCUGAAACAUGAAGGAGGAACGCACCGGGUUCAGAGGAUCCCUGAGGUGGGCCUCUCGUCCAGGAUGCAGCGGAUCCACACUGGAACUAUGUCGGUCAUCAUCCUGCCACAGCCAGUUGAGGUGGACGUCCACAUUGACCCAAAGGAUCUGCGGAUCGACACGUUCAGGUCACGAGGCCCUGGCGGCCAGAGCGUCAACACGACGGACAGCGCCGUGCGGAUAGUUCACCUUCCUACAGGAAUAACAUCUGAGUGCCAGCAGACGCGCUCGCAGCUGCAGAACAGAGACACGGCCAUGCGCAUGUUGAGGGCCAGACUCUACCAGAGCAUGAUGGGCAAGGAGACCGAGCAAAGGCACACGGCGCGAAAGCAGCAGGUGGGCACACGCAGCCAGGCAGAGAGGAUUCGCACCUACAACUUCAGCCAGGAUCGAGUCACCGACCACCGAACAGGAUACACCACCAGAGACAUUAAGGAGUUCAUGAGAGGAGGGGAGGAGCUGGAGGAGCUGAUCUCAGACCUGCUGGAGCAUUCUGAGCAGGAGGCUCUGCUGGAGGCGGUAGAGAUCAGCAGCUCUGUGACCGGACAGGCUGCAGACUGAUGGAUGGACGGACAGACAAGUCGGGUAGCUGUCAAUGAAAUUCCAGAUCGAGUGGGAACUUCUCUCCAUCACAUCUGGAUAUCAGAAUGCACAUCUCCAUGCUGCUGCGUCUGUUUAUUUUUUGGUAAUGAAGCUGAACCGAAUGCGUUUCUGGUCAUUUGCCAGUCAGGGUGUGGUGAAAACACCUAUCAGCUCCACACACACACACUCCCCACGUCAAACCCUGUGUGUGUGCCAAGAGGCCAGUCGCCCUGCUGGGCCUGGAGUGGGUAUCAUUCCCCUCUAAUUGCUGGAAAAUGAUCAUGUUGGAUUGUCUCCAUGUAAUAAGAUCCCAAACUAUCGGAACCCGUCUUCAAAAUCAUGACUUCAUU